AAUUUAACGAAUGUCUAAGUGGUUAGAUUUAAGCCUAACAUGUACGCAAUUAAACUUCAAUCAAAAUGUUGGUAACACAUACACCAAUCGUAAUAAUCCAUAAUAUUUAUUGAAUAGGUAGUCCAAUGAAUCUCAUAGUGGAUCUAUACAAGAAUUCACGUUAUGGAUAAUUGUACUUAGGAAAUAUCAAUGCAGCCAAUGAUAUUAAAUAUUUACGAGAACAUUCUAUCAAUGCUAUUGUAGCUGUAAUUGACACAAGUGAAAUCAGAGUAGAUCCAACUAUGACUAGAUUAGUAUCCUAUCUAUAUUAUAUUAUAGUGGAUAAUGGCUGAAGAUGCAGAGAAUUUCGAUCUCUAUCGUUACUUUGAUGAAUGUGCAAACUUUAUAAGAGAUCAAAUUAAAAAUACUAAUGUUUUUGUUCAUUGUUAUGCUGGUAUCUCUAGAUCUGCUUCUAUUGUUAUUGCAUACAUGAUCAAACAUCUAGGUUAUUCACUUAAAGAAGCACUUAAAAAAGUCAAAGGAGCUAGAUCUAUUGUUGAACCUAAUUCAGGUAUUCAUCUUAAAUAUCAUAGGUUUCAUGAAAUAAUUAUAAGAUUAUGAAUACAAAUAAAAUCUUAAUUCUCAUCAAGGAACAAGAAAUGGAUCAUCUUUUCAUUCCAAUCCUAGAGGAUCAGUUACAUCUAAUACUAAAGGAUCUUUACAUAGUGCUAAACCAUCAUUUCUCGAUAGAAUGUCUUCAGGACAAAAAGAUCUUAAAAGAGAUAUUGAAAGUCCUUCUGUAAGUUAAUUUUAUGUUAAUGGUUCUGCUAAAUAGACCAACAAUAAUAAUAAUAAUAAUAAUAAUAAUAAUCCUAGAAGUUUUUUUAAAUAAGGAAGUGUAGGAAGUCUCUUAAAAUAAACCAAUAAUGAUGACUUCUUUAGAAGAUAUUAAAAACAAAAAAAUGUUGAAAAUAUUUGGAAUCAAGGAAUGCAUGGACAUCAUAAAUCUGCUAUUGAAAUCAAAUCUGAUAAAAUAGAAUAAGUUAAAUUGACUCUGUAAACAUUUGGAGUCAAAAAUGUUUUUAGUGGCUCUAAUAGUAAUGGAUUACAUUUUCAUCACAAAGGAUUAUCUUAAGGUUGA